CCUGUUGCCGAUCAUUGCCAGUUCAAGCCUGGAGCUUCCUGCGCAGUCUUCAAAGAUAACAGCAACACGCCCCCUUCCUGUUUGUAGCCUAUAUAAUGAACUUGAAUUCAUUCUUAACUGAGCGUCGCUUGUUGGCACUCUUUUCUCAAUUGACAAAGCGUCGCGAACGUUUCUGCUUCACAGGCUAUUACUUACGCCUCACAUAUGUAGUUAUCCAACAUCCAAGCGAUCGUUUGAGUUUUCAGUAUUGGCUAGGAAGAGGAAUUUCUGAACGAAUACGCCGACAUGGGAAAGGUCCCACACGCCGGGGAGGAAAAGCACUAAACGGCACGUUGCAGAAAAUGGAUACAAAACUGUUGAUAACUGUAGCUCUCUGCGGGAUUCUUGUGACCUGGGUUCUUCCCAAUGCGGAAUGCAAACCUACCCAGGCACCAGUCAGUGCAACCCGUGUAGAGAAGCCAGAUACUCUCGAAGAUGAAAAAUCCCAGAAAAGCUCCCGUACCUUCGUGGUAACAAACCUCCAGCAACAGAACAUACCUAUAAACUUCCUCGGGGUUCCUGCGUCCGAGAUAUUUGGCAGCUCCUCAGACAUACCACGGUGGUUCAUAGAGUCAACAUCGCAACCAAGCAAAAAUCCGGAUUUUCAUGCCCAAAGAGGAAGACGUGGACUACCGAGAGUGCCUUAACUGCCCUUCGAAUCAUCGUUGUUGCCAAUAUAAGUUUCCUGUUGCGAGAGGAAGUCGAGUGACUCGUAAGCAAGAGUCGCUGACAAUACCUGAUGCUUGCGACAGGACAACCCUGGCGGCGUUUUCUUAAGUUGGCGUCGAAUAUUUCGUCAGUUAUUAACAGAUACCGAGAUACGUCUGUACGUAUCUAAUAAAUUCUGCCUGGACUUUGGACUGCGCCAGUA